AUGGAUUGUCACAGCGAUCAGUGUUCCCGCAGCAACUUGAGGUGUUGCCGAAGUUGGUGCAGCAGGGAAACAUAUCCGUGGGAGCACUAUUUUCUUCCACGGGCCAUGGCCAUUCCUCGCACGGUGCCGUUCGCGGCAGCGGCUUGGCUGAUGCUCUUCACAUCAUCUCUAGUGUCCUCUCACGCACGGAACCUCCGCAACCGCCGCCUUCCCGCAAGCUCCGAAGCCGUUGCGAAUUUUCCCGAGAUUCUACCCUGGUCUUCCCCCGAAGACGCCAGACAUGACGGCGCGCGCGGCGAUAUCGGAAAUACGUCUUCGCACCGCAGCUCUCUCGCCAUCGCCGCUGCCGCCGAAGUUGGAAAGCUGGCGCCGCGAUCCUCGAUGCGGUCCGCGAAAAGCGGCUACCAUGACGGACCCCGACUGUCGGGGGAAACGGCGAUCCCAGAGUGGUUGGACCGGGACGCGCUGCGUGAUCUAGAGGAACUACUUAAGGAUGUGCUUGUGCCGAACCUGAUCGUGGCUCAGGACGGGUCGGGAAAUGUCACUAACCUCCAGGAUGCUGUGAGGAUUAUCAACAAUGAUAUGAGCAGGGCAUGGUACAUAGUGCUGCUGAAGCCGGGGCGGUAUGUGGGCAACGUGGAGGUGGAGCGAGCAAACGUGGUGCUGCUAGGCAGCGGUGCGUGGCGGACCAUCAUCACAGGGCACCGCAGCAACGGCGCUGGCUUUGAUACAUGGGAUACCCCCUCCUUUGCUGCGGCGGGCAGCAACUUUGUGACGAUGGGCAUUCGCUUUGAGAACACUGCACGGCCUCGCAUGCAAGCUGCAGUGGCGUUUCGAGCAACCGGGGACAGAACCAUUGCGUACCGCUGUGUCUUUUCGGGCUUCCAGGACACACUCAACGCACACAGCGGCCGGCAGUACUACCGCAACUGCGCCAUCUACGGCCAUGUGGAUUUCAUCUACGGCCGCCAUGGCGCCGCCGUCUUUGACCGCUGCCUCAUCGCCCCCAUCCCGCGCCCGGGGCAAACCAGCUCUGCCAUCAUCGCCUCACACGGCGGAGAUUCACUCGCAUUACGUGAGGGUGGGUUCGUCUUCUACCGGUGCAUGGUUGCAGGAGUCACACCAGGGUUGACCGCGUACCUGGGAAGGCCGUGGUUUCCGCACGCGCGUGUGAUUUACAUGUUCAGCUUCUUGUCAAAAACUGUCCUUCCCGAGGGGUGGGCUGAAUGGCCUGGAGAGAUAUAUGGGCCGACUUCGUUUCUGGGGGAGUACAGGAAUGAAGGGCCGGGUGCGGGGGUGAGUGGGCGUGCUAGGUGGGUUCGACCUGGGCUGUUGAAUGCAACGCAGGUGGCUCCGUUCAUGCCUGAAGCGUUUAUUAGAGGCAGCAGGUGGGUGGGCAGAACACCUGUGAAGAUCCAGUACCCUUGA